AUGCCAUUGACCGAAGCACUACAACAAAUUCCUGCCUACGCAAAGUACAUGAAGCAAAUCCUCAACAAAAAGAAUAGGUAUUUAGAUGAGGAAACAAUUGAAGUACAAGGGAAUUGUAGUGCCAUCAUGCAGAAAACCCUUCCUCCCAAAUUUAAAGAUCCGGGAAGUUUUACCAUUCCAUGCACUAUUGGAAAUCAUGAUAUAGGUAGAGCUCUCGUUGACUUGGGAGCUAGCAUCAAUCUGAUACCUUUAUCCAUGCUUAAGAAGAUUGGUGGUCUUGAAGUCAAGCCUACAAGAAUGAUGCUGCAGCUGGCAGAUAGAUCCAUCAAAUACCCUUAUGGUGUAGUGGAAGAUGUGGUGGUCAACAUAGACAAACUCCAAUUCCCAGUGGACUUUGUAGUUAUGGACAUGGAGGAAUCUGCAGAUUGUGUUGUCUUUGUUUUAAACCAUGCUUGUGUGAAGAACAACCAAGGUGAAUUUUUGAGUUGA